GCGGCCCCGAUAGGCACCCGCUCCUCCCCUCCCUGCAGCGCCGGGAGGGGCCCCGCGGCGGCGGCCCAGAUUCAGCCUGUGACAAUACCUGGGAAGAGUAUGAAUGUUUCAGAGAACUGGCUGUUCAAUGGUUCCUCGUUAGCAUCUCAAGUUCAUGCUGCUGCUAUUAAUGGAGAUAAGGGUGCCCUCCAAAAGUUAAUAGCAGGAAACCCUGAGUUGAAAGAUAAAGAAGACCAGUUUGGGAGAACUCCUCUCAUGUACUGUGUGUUGGCUGACAGGCUAGAUUGUGCUGAGGCCUUGCUGAAGGCAGGAGUAGGUAUUAAUAAAGCUGAUCAUAGCCAGAGAACUGCUCUCCACCUUGCUGCACAAAAGGGAAAUUAUCGCUUCAUGAAACUUUUACUUGCUCGUAGAGCAAACUGGAUGCAAAAGGAUUUAGAAGAAAUGACUCCUUUACAUUUAACUACCCGCCACAAGAGUCCCAAGUGCUUAGCUUUGUUGCUAAAAUACAUGGCACCAGGCGAAGUGGAUACACAGGACAGAAACAAGCAAACUGCUCUGCACUGGAGUGCCUACUACAAUAACCCAGAGCAUGUGAAACUUCUUAUAAAACACGAUUCUAAUAUUGGAAUCCCUGAUAUUGAAGGCAAAAUCCCACUUCAUUGGGCAGCUAACCACAAGGAUCCAAGUGCAGUUCUAACAGUCAAAUGUAUUCUGGAUGCUGCUCCCACAGAAUCUUUAUUGAACUGGCAGGACUAUGAAGGACGAACCCCCCUUCAUUUUGCAGUUGCUGAUGGGAAUGUGGCAGUGGUUGAUGUCCUGACCUCUUAUGAAGGCUGCAAUGUGACAUCUUAUGACAACCUCUUUCGAACUCCUCUUCACUGGGCAGCUUUACUGGGCCAUGCACAGAUUGUCCAUCUCCUGUUAGAAAGAAAUAAGUUUGGAACCAUCCCAUCUGAUAGCCAAGGGGCAACACCCUUACAUUAUGCAGCACAGAGCAACUUUGCUGAUACAGUUGAAGUAUUUUUGAAACAUCCCUCUGUGAAAGAUGACUCAGACCUUGAGGGAAGAACAUCCUUUAUGUGGGCAGCUGGGAAAGGCAGUGAUGAUGUCAUCAGGACUAUGCUGAAUUUAAAAUUGGACAUUGAUAUCAACAUGGCAGAUAAAUAUGCUGGCACAGCAUUACAUGCUGCUGCCCUUUCUGGCCAUGUCAGCACUGUGAAAUUACUCUUAGAACAUAAUGCACAGGUAGAUGCAACGGAUGUAAUGAAGCACACUCCACUUUUCCGAGCCUGUGAAAUGGGACACAAAGAAGUGAUACAGACACUCAUUAAAGGGGGAGCAAGAGUAGAUUUGGUUGAUCAAGAUGGCCAUUCUCCCCUUCACUGGGCAGCUCUGGGUGGAAAUGCUGAUGUAUGUCAAAUUUUGAUAGAAAAUAAAAUCAACCCAAAUGUGCAGGAUUAUGCAGGUAGAACUCCCUUGCAGUGUGCUGCAUAUGGAGGCUAUAUUAACUGCAUGGUCGUAUUACUGGAAAACAACGCAGAUCCAAAUAUUCAAGAUAAAGAGGGAAGGACUGCUUUACAUUGGCUGUGUAACAAUGGCUACCUUGAUGCUAUAAAGUUGCUGCUGGGUUUUGAUGCUUUCCCUAAUCACAUGGAGAACAAUGAAGAGAGAUACACGCCACUUGAUUAUGCUUUGCUUGGAGAACACCAUGAGGUGAUUCAGUUUAUGUUAGAACAUGGUGCUCUGUCUAUAGCUGCCAUACAGGACAUUGCUGCCUUCAAAAUCCAAGCUGUCUACAAAGGAUAUAAGGUUCGAAAGGCUUUCCAAGACAGAAAAAAUCUUCUAAUGAAGCAUGAACAGCUGAGAAAAGAUGCUGCUGCCAAGAAACGUGAAGAAGAAAAUAAGAGGAAGGAAGCAGAGCUGUUGAAGGGAAUGCAGAACCUGGUACUCAAUAGGGUGCAAGUACAGCCACAUCCUGCAAAUAGAGAGAAGAGUAACAGAACUCCUAGCACUCCACAGCUGUCUAGUAAACAAAUUGAUGUGCAUAGUAACAGGCUUUUCUGCAGUAGCAUUGCUCAAAACCAGGCAGGGAAAAACAAUAGAGGAUCACCUGCAACCUCUCAAAACAAAACGACACCAAAGGAAAAAUGUCUGUCUGCAGAACUACCAGGUGAAGAUCACAAAAACAAAAAAGAAUUAUCCAGAAAACACACCAAAAGCAAGACAGCUUGUGUCCAUUUCCAUUGUGGUAAAGAAAAUGAUGGAGCCAAGGUUGAAGCCAACCAUCAAGUUGUGGCGGCUACAGAGUGGUAUGGUGAAAAGGAACAGUCUGCAAGCGCAAAAGGCUUAGCACAUGGCAACGAAAAGCACAUCCCUUGUUGUAACACAGCCAGUGCAGGGGAGAAAUUAUCAGAUCAAAGUCAAUCUAUAGCUGGCAACAGAAGCCAUUGUGAAGGAACAACAGGGCACUUGCAGAAUAUUAACUGCACUGAUGGAAACUCAAGGAAUUCAAGGCAGUGUGAAACACUAUCAAAAGGCAAACCGCGCAUGCUGAAAGCAAGAAAAAAAGAGUUAAACAGUGAGAGAUGUUCCCCAGCUGGCUCCAGUAGACCUGGAAGUGCCAAAAUGAGAUUUGUAAACAUCAGAAAUGACAGUUCACAUGCCGUAGUACAAACUAACAAUGUAGCAAAUAAUGAAUUAGCAAAAAAGACCUGCCCUUUACUGUCUAUCAAAGCAAUAACUACAAGACCUGUGCCAAGUGAUCCAGCAGCACACGCUAUUUUUGAUGAUAGUCUGAACUUGGAAAAAAUAGAUAUAACGGGGUCCAAGAAUGCAGAUGAUGGAUUAUGUUCCCAUCUCACAUGUCAGAGUAUGAAUAUUGAACUUAUCCCAUUAGAGAUACGUAUGCAGAUAAUAGAAAAGGAAAGAACAAGAAAAGAGCUAUUUCGGAAGAAGAACUAUGCUGCUACUGUUAUUCAGAGGACAUGGAGAAGUUACCAGCUAAGACAGAAGUUGGUCCAGCUUUUUAGUGCUGAGCGGCAAUGCAAAGAAGAUAAAGACAAAUGGAGACAAGAGACAGCUGCCUUUUUCAUCCAGGUCGCUUGGAAGAAACAGCUGAACCAUGGCCCUCUGAAAUCAGUGUCUUCAUGUAAAAACCUAAAAUCUGUAAAUAAAAGCAACUCAGCCAUAAAAACGAGCACGCAAUCCAUCCUUAAGCAGAUAUAUGGGCGCUCUCAAGAAGGAAAAGUUUGCCAUCCAGCAAGACCUUCUUCAAAGCAUAAGCUUUCUGAUGUGCACGUGAUCUCAGGUCUGGUUUCCAGGGUUGAGCAAGGAUUUAAAUGAAUUAGAGCUAAAUCCAUAGAACUGCAACAAAAUGCCAUCAUGACUGGAAGGUAAGACAUGAGGCCAGAGAAAAGGGAGCUAACCUAUUUACCAGAAAAGAGGGAGAUGCUGAGCAGUUUGUAAUUAGCUUCAAGAUCGCGAAGGCAAGGAAUGUCUUGAGAUGGCAGGACAGGGAGCAAUGGCUAAGGAGGAACGAGAUGAGAAUAGAAUUUGGGAACAAAUUCUCAACAAGCUCAAUCAGCUAACAGUGGUGGUAAAGCACUAGUCUGCAGUUAUUCAGCGACUGCUUAGACCGAUGGUAGCAGGGGUGAUGCAAUCAUUAGUUUUGCAAAAUCGGAGGGUCAGUUUGAACAGACAGAGUGGUCUCCUCUAGUCAUACCAGCUGUGGCUCAAAAACCAGACCACGCGUAGCUAACAAGCUGUCUCGAUUUAAAAUAUUUGGUGUUAGGACAAUAAUGAAAGAAAACUAAAAAUGUUCCUAGGCUCUUUUCUUGGUGCUCUCUGACUCGUUUAGAACUCUUCUCAAGUCCCAGGGUAGUCUCAAAGCAGCGCUGCCCUUGGAGUUACAUUAUAACGGUAGAUACAUUUCUGUCUCACAAGAGACAAACAUGCUCGCUCUUGCACUAUUUAAGAGAACACCUUUGGUCAUUUUCAAUAUAGCCUAGAAAGCUACCAGACAGGUGUUUAAUCUGCCACCUUUGCAUACUGAGUCAUGGAACUGCUGAAGAUAGAUUUUAAAACUUAGUGUUUUGCUUAGUUCUUUGGUUUUAGGGGCAACAAAUCUCUCUGCUUGUCUUUUAUGAAAUAGAAAGGCUUUCUUUUGCAGCUUUGAGUUGACUUUACCUUUCAUAACUUGGUGAUAAGUAGGAUAGUGAUAGGAACUUUGCCCAGUGCCUGUAGAACAGUACCUACUUUCAUUCACCUAAUAGGAGCUUAGGGAACUUUACCCCUGUCUUAAAGACAAUAACGUGUUUUUCAUCUGACGCCCUUCGUGCAUGACAUUAAGUUUGUUGGAAAAGUUCAGAGCUGUCAGUGGCUAAUGCCAGAAACAGUAUUUUUGACGUAGUUGUCUAGCGUAGGUCAAAAUGGACUCAUGUUUGAUUCAUUUCUCUGAGAAGGGUACAGCUGGGAAGGAGAAGAAUAUUGGUACUAACAAACAUUCUUGUGCCUUGUGAAAAAGUGUACGGUGACAAAUCUGCCAACUGGAGACUGGCAAAAACUAGUUUAACAUCCUCACUGGUGUACGCAGGCUGAAAAUUUUGGGAUGGGGACAAAAAAAAGUAUUGACAAGAGGCAGCUUCCACCCCAGGUGUGGUACAACAGCCAAGCCCUGGAAGGAAGCGCAGCCACUGCUCAACAAGAUUGGGGGAGAGGAACAUGGCAAAGGAUAAAAAUGGAACUUGCUGGAUGUUUUGAAAAAUCUAUUUUAGCCCAUGGGGAAGGGGAGAGAAAGCAGGGUUCCCCUGCCACCCCAGACCAUGUUUGACAAAUAACUGCAACCAGGAAGUAUUUGUUUAAAGUAACUGAUUGUAAAUGGCUGUCUUUUUAUCACAAUCUUGUGCACUUUUAUUCUUUAUACCAUCUUGUGGCAGGGAAGUUAUUUACAUAUUGCAUCAUGAACUAGGUAAAAAAAACACCACACCACUGUUUGUCAGAUAUAUAAUAUUUUGUACGUAUGAUAGGAAAUUCCAAACACCCGCUAGUUUUUCUACUUCGGAAGUCGGUUUUGCAGGGGUCAAGCUGGAUUCUGCUCUCGUAGUUCAAAACUGAGCAAGUCUAGAACAGUCAUGUGCACACUGUCAGAAGUUCUUGUUUUGUUUUCAAAUGAAAGGUUUGUAAAUCGUCAAGUCCCCACAAACAAUACUAAACAAAAUAUCUUGCUGUUUCCUGGGCAAUUUCAACAAACUAGCUGUUCAGUUGUCAGUGAGACGCCUGUCACCUGUAAACGUUUCAAUAAUUAGCUAGAGCAAGUCAGUCAAAGAGGUAUAGGCGCCUAAGUCACUUAAGUACUUUUGAAAAUUCUAUUUACAUAAAGUGCAGUAAUGAAUGUGCCUGCCUCCCUGGCUUACGAGAGAGCGAAACAGAACCAUGGACUCAGGCUGAGUUGUCAAGAAGGGUUUUGUUUCUGGCAUGCUGAUGAAAUUUUGGACAUUUCUGUUAAAUGGCCUUAUUUACACAACAAAGUAUUCAAAGUUUAUGCAUAUUUGAAGGCUAGGAUGCACAGCCGACUGCAGCUUUUCUUUAAAAAAAAUCAAUAUUACCCCAUAGAACUAACAUUUUUUGU